AUGAGCGACCUGCGUAGAACCAAAAGCCGAGCCGUGGUCGUGCUUUUUGCCAUGAGUGGCGCCGAUGCGUCCGCCUCACACACCAAGCUCUGCUCUACAACCCUCGCCGCUUCUGCCGCCGCCGCCGCCACCACCUGCUCCCACGACGUGAGCCGGCGAGGCGUGCUCCACACGGCAACAGCACUUGCUAGUGGGAUCGUGCCAAGCGCUGCACACGCAGACGGCGACGAGGAGAGGCAAAAGUACUUUCUUCGGUUCCCGACGCUGUUCGCUCCGCUCUAUGGCGAGUCGUCUCGGCGCACCAUCAAGCGGCAGCUCGGCGACCGCAUCUGGGCGCUCGAGCAGCAGACAUCGGCGCUCGAGCAGAACCUCGAGCUCGGGCCGCUCGAGACGCCUCUGCGCUGCGUGGUGGUCCGGCUACAGGAUGGCUCUCUGUGGGUCCACGCGCCGCUCGCGCCGUCGCGGGAGUUCUUCGAGCUCGUUGAGUCGUGCGCGGAGGAGUGCGGUGCCCCCAGCCCUGGUCCCUCUCCCUCCUCCGCCGUGAGGCACAUCGUCGUCCCGACCUACGCGCUGGAGCACAAGGUCUUCGCCAAGGACGCGCUCCUCCGCUGGAGUGACGCGCAGCUGUGGCUGUCGCCCGGCCAGUUCUCCUUCCCGCGCCGCUCCGUCUCGGACGAGUUUGUGUGGGGAAGGCGGCCGAGCGGCGUCCUCUCGCUCUCCGACGAGGACGCGGGCGCGCCCGCCGUCCCGUGGGCGAUGGAGCUUCCAUACCAGACGCUCGCCGCGGGCACCUUCUCCAUCGGCGGCACACCCACCACCUUUUACGAGACGGCGUUCUUCCACCGCGCGAGCCGCUCCCUCAUUGUCACCGACGCCCUCGCCAGGGUCCCGAUCGAGGCGCCGCCGCUCAGCGACCCGGCGCGGCUGCUGCUCGCGGGCUGGGAGAAGACGGCCCUGCUCGUCUCCUUCUUCUUCCCCGAGCAUGAGGAGGCCGACCCCGCCGCCGGCCUCGGCGUCGUCACGUGGACGGAGGGAUGGCACGACAACUUUCGCGCGCUCGCCGGGCGACUGCUCGUCCCGCCCGUCGUGCGGACGCUUCUCUACGCGCAGGACCCGGCCGCGGUGCGCCGGUGGGUCGACGCGGUGGCGCGCCGCUGGCAGUUCGAGCAGAUUGUGCCCGCUCACUUCGAGGCGCCCAUCCGCGCCUCGCCGAGCGAGUUUGCGCGCGCUUUUGCGUUCCUGGAGGACGAGCGGAUCGACGCCUUCCCCGCGGGUGACACGGCGCGGGGGCUGAGGCCGAUCGCCAGGAUCGCCUCGAGCGCAUUAAGAGCCAGUGAAGAGUAA